CAAUACACGAGACGUUUACGCCUGAUCCGUGAACAAAACGUUACAGUUGAGUCGCGCGCGCACACCCUAAAAACGCGCGCGCCAGAUGGCUCUCUGGCCUCACGUUCGGAGUGGAGCAGCAUGGGGCUACCGCGGUGCUCGCCGUACGACAAUGGCCCACACGUCCAAGCAUCGAAACCAUCCAGCCAACCACACGGCUGCUGACUGUGUCGGUUCGGUAGAGUGGGCACCAUUCAAGUGGUAUCGUAUAUACCGAGGGGAUGGUGUUUUGGCGCCGUCUUCGGUCGCGAAACUGCAGUCCGGCCACAUCUAGGGUGCCGCUGCUACAAAUUCGAUAAUAGGCAUAUAUAAGAUUACGAGAGAGGACGACGGAAAACGGUCAGGUCGCGGACGAAAUUUUCGGUUUUGCGGAAUAAUUUUUUUGUGAUAUGUUCAGUGCACUCGACGAGCUUAAGCAGGAAGUAUGACAAGUGUUACGGUGCUCGCAGCAAUUUUGCUGGGCCCUCAGCUGUGGGGUAGUAUGCAUGCUAUCACCAUUGCAAGUGGCAAAAAGGUUUCCGCCAGUGAAAAAGAAAGGAAAACUGAAAGUUUAACGUUUUCUGCAAACGGUGAAGAUCAACUGAUAUUCAGCGAUACGACGUUUCAAGUGAGCAAUGAUGGUUCUAGGAGAGUGCCGGAGUCUAUAAGAAGAGUUGGUGAUGCUAAGAGGGUAGAAGAAUUUUUUGAAUCAGGCUGGCGACCAGUGUAUGUCUUCAAUUCGGAAAAAGCUGGGAGGAAAUUGUCAGAUCAGUUUCCUCAGGAAUCAGUUCAUCAUACAAAGGUGGUCGCAGAGCCGUGGAAUAAAACAACAAGGUUGUUCCGGUUUUCGGAAUCUGAUAUUAUGAUGAGUCCUGUAAUUGUGCAAACGGAGCAGUCAAGUGUGGCAUCAACCAAUAAGGUCAGAUUUAAGGAUGAUUCAUCGGAGGAAGAACUAUCGUACGAAGAUUCUUCGCAACAACUGAAUGUUGGAGAAGUGAAUCUGGUUGAAAACUACUCGGGAAUUACUCCACGAAUGUUGAAAUUUGAAGAAAAAGAUCGAAUGAAAUUUGAAAAAGAUUCACCAAAAACUUCGAAAGUUGUAAGUGAGUCACCAAAAAUCAAAAGAGACGAAGCUGAAUCAGUGCACUCGGCAAACUAUGAAGUGUAUUUAGUAGAAAAACUGUUAAAAAAUACUACAGAUCUACUGCGAGCUGAAGAUACUGAUAACAAACAGGAUUAUUCUGGUGAUACUCAACCACGAAUCUUGCAAACUGAACGGAAUAUACCAGAUGCAGAAAACAACACUCCAACAAGUUCAAGAAAUGCAAGUAGAUUUUUCCGAUUCGAAGAUACUGUAGCAGUACCUGAAACAAAUCCAGUCAGAAAUUUCAAAUUUCAAGAUAGCCAUUCAUCACGAGACGAAUUCAAAUUUCCUAAAAAUGAUGAACCCAGAGUCACCGAAACCCGUUACAGUUCUGGAAAACCGUUCAAAUUUCGAGAAUCCAAUAAUAAACCGCAAAAUCCAGCAUCGUCUACCAUGCGAUUCGAAGAAACGCCAUCAACGCCGAAUCGAUUUUUCAACGAUGCUUCAUCUAUACCGCACAGCACAGAGGAUCAGUUUUAUACGGUAAAAGCAACAAUACAAAUUCAAGAAUCCAAUAGCCCCGCUAUUACGCCACCGACAAUCCCCAUCACUACUAGAAGACCUUAUAAGAAAAAGAAGGGUAAAAUCUACAAUCAAAACGGAAUCGAUAUCCGCAAGCAGGAUGGCUUCAACUACCAGAGUCCCCAAGAAUACGACAACUAUCUACAAAACGGUCAACAUCAAGCCAAUUAUCAGAUUCCCCCGACACCCCAAGGUGGCCCCGAUAGCUCCUAUUACCCAAACCCCAACCCUGGCCCCGUCAGCCCAGGAACGCCAUAUCCACCCUUCGACCCCAGCACCUACUACAUUCAGAACUAUCUCGCCAACUAUCCAUACCAGCAACAAUCUUCACCGCUCCAGCAACCCUACGCCGAUGCAUCCGCUUCCUAUCCGCAGCAGCCGAACGUCCCAACGAACCUCAUCAACGGUGGCCAAUCGGACAGCCCCAUUAGCCCCCAAAGCAUUUUCGGUUUCCUACAGAGCAUAUUCAACUUUGCCCCAGGCACAUUUGGCAACUACGCCGGCCCACAAGCGCCAUCCCCGUCGUCUAGUCAUCAUUUAGCCGAUCCAAGUGGAAGUGGCGGCGGUGGCGGAGGAGCACACACGCAUCACUCCGCAUCGCCGAUCUCUGGGUCGCCCAUCAUGUCCGUCAGCAGCCAGCUUCGGAAGGCACUGGACAAUAUCUCCGGCAAUGACGAGCUCCAGUGCGUGCCGAAGCUGAUCUGCAUGAUGUCCAGGCGGUCCAGCGGCCAGGGAUUCAGUACCUACGUCAAUCGGGGAUUGUUGAGCACAGUGCUGAGUGCCGUCCCCGACAGUUCGCCGUGGCUCAAAUUUUCCCGGGCGGCCCUCCUCGGGUACGGAAUUGGAGCCAACAGCUGUGAUGUGUACUACCCCAAGUGCCCCAAGGACGAACCGGAGAUCAUUCACUACCUGAACAACCACCGGGGAGGUUUCUUCCGCUUCUUCAACGAUGACCACAAAAGUUCCUCCAGCAGUGGUUGAUCAGACGACGCGACGGUUGAAGUGCCAAACGUGAACGCUUAAAACUAAAACAAAACGACGACGCUAGACAACCUAAUAACACUACGUGCGACCUUAGAUCUAGGGGAGAAAGUGUGACUAUUUAUUUGAUUAGCUGGUAGUUACAAUAAAGAAACCAAAAUUAAUCUAUUAACCCCAUAAAACUUUCUGCAUUCACAAUCUGUCCCAAUUACGACCGGUCCGGUAAAGGUGGCGGGUAUCCUCACCUUCCGCCAAACAGCCUGUCUCCAAAUCUACAGCUGCUCAAACAAGCGCAGCGACGAGGUUGUUUACUCUGUACGACUGACUGACUGCAGCGAACCCAUCACAUCUCCUCUCGUAUAUUGGCGAUUAUUUAGACUGGAAAAGCCACUCCACCUACUCACAUCGGCUGCUCCGGGCUCGCGAUUAUCGUCAUGCUGUUGUAGUCCUUCGCCAGGGGUUAGUCAUACUACAUAUCAAGGCUAUGGACGGGGGGUGCACCUAAGACCACUUCAACCACGAGCAGCGCAUCGUCAACGACGAAUCUCCUGGGAGCCGUUUCGACCAACAACAACGGAAAGAAAUAGUUGCUUUCACGCAAUCACACCAAAAUAGAUGCAGCAUGCGUGGGGCAGCGAGCUCCACAUGGCAGAGGGGCACCUUUGCCGUAUAAAUUAUAUUUAUGGCUCUGAUGUACGAGUCCAUUGGAGUCAUCUCCGACGUCCUCGGCGUCAAUUUGUUGAUUUUGCUCAUUAUCUGCGAUUUUAUUAUUUUCUCCUAUGCGGUAAAGCCGGA